GGGUGGCGGCGAUCGAGAGGUCACGUGAUGAGCAUCCUGCUGCCCAACAUGGCGGAGUUCGACACCAUCUCGGAACUGGAGGAGGAGGAAGAAGAAGCGGCAACGUCGUCGUCCUCGCCGUCGUCGUCGUCGUCGGUAUCGGGACCCGACGACGACGAGGAAGAUGAGGAGGAUGAGGAAGAAGAAGAGGACGAGGAAGAAGAGGAGGAGGAGGAGGAGGAGACACCGCCCCCGCCUCGGGUAGUGAGUGAGGAGCAUCUGCGGAGAUAUGCCCCCGAUCCUGUAUUGGUGCGGGGCGCCGGCCACAUCACUGUGUUUGGCUUGAGCAACAAGUUUGAUACUGAAUUUCCCUCAGUUCUAACAGGGAAGGUGGCCCCGGAAGAAUUUAAGACGAGCAUUGGCCGUGUAAAUGCAUGUUUGAAAAAGGCUCUCCCGGUCAAUGUGAAAUGGCUACUAUGUGGUUGUCUCUGCUGCUGUUGCACACUGGGUUGCAGCCUGUGGCCUGUUAUUUGUCUCAACAAAAGAACCAGAAGAUCAAUUCAGAAGUUAUUAGAAUGGGAAAAUAACAGAUUAUAUCACAAGCUUGCUUUGCACUGGAAGUUGACUAAAAGGAAAUGCGAAACUAGCAAUAUGAUGGAGUAUGUAAUACUAAUAGAAUUCUUACCAAAAUAUCCCAUAUUCCGACCUGACUGAGGAAUUUUAUUCAGUCACUUCUGUGUUACUUGUCAUUUCCUACCCUUAGUGCCUUGUAGAUGAUUUUGGAAUGAAGAUGGUCUCCUUUGCUGUGUUCAACUUAUUCCUUAUUUUUUCUUCUUCUUAUUCUUUAGAAUAUUCUCCUUACUCUUUUAUUUGUGUUGGUUUAAGAAGAAAAUUUGCACAUCUUUUUUUUGUUAAUGAAGCUUGUGUUUUGCACUCUAUAUUUUUAAAUAAAUACACAUACAGAGACGUAUAUGUAUAUAUAUAGUUGCCACUAAAGAUAAAUCAUCAGUGCCGGUGUUUAAAAAACAAAAACAAAAAUCUGUUCUGAGCAUGCUGCCUUAUAAUUUUCAUACUCACUGUUUCUAAAUAUGCAUCAUUUUUCUAGGCUACUUAAUGCUCUGUAAUCCCUUACUGGACAUAAGUAAAUAAGCUUUUGGUAGCUUUUAGAAAUGGUUUUACUCUUACUUGCUUUUAAAGGACAUGCAAUUAAUAGCACUGGUUUUGUCCUGCACUUUGCUAAAUUAUCACUUAUGUUAGUGGAUAAAAUAUUUAAACUCUUAAAAGACUUGUAAAUAUUGUCUCUUUGCAUAACAUAAAAUGUGAUAUGCCAUGGUUUACAGAACGUAAUAUUACUUACUGUAUUGCCAACAAAUCUACAUAGAUUUAAAUAUGAAUGAAGUUCGCAAGCAUCCUCUUGAAUGUGUAGACUGUUAACAUGCUGUUUUAUGGCAGAGCCAUAAUGAGUUCGUUAAAAAUUUCAGGUGUAGGGCAGGAUUGCCCAAGUAAUGAGUGGAUUAAAAUUGAAAUCAUUGUCUGAGAUAUUCUGCAUUGCACCUGAAACCAAGAACCUUAGUUUUUCCAUUUAAUUCAGUAAUUCCCAUUUUGUCCUCCACUCCCACUCCCCAAAAAAUUCGUUUGACAUCCAACACAUUUCACAGUUUCACUGUCCUUAUAUAUUGCCUUUUAUGUAUCCUUUCCCUCACUUGAAAAUACACACAAUUACGAUCUUUAAGGAGUGUUUUAAGAUUUCACAUUCUUGGGAAGUGUCUAGAUCCUCAUGUAAGCCACACGAAUCCCUUUUUGAAGUUCUGAUACUCUGCUUUGGGAAAGAGAGAGAGCUAAUUGAAAAGCUGUACCUAAAGAAUAUAUAGUGGCUGAUUCAUGAUUGAUAA